GAAUCAUCCAUUUUGUCUUUAUAACUUUAUACUUUCAAUGGCUCGUAUCACUCGACCCCUCAUAUCUCUCUCCCCACUAGACCCCGACACCCGCCUCUUCCUCUUCGAAACCUACGUCGAUUCUCUCGCCGUCCCAUCUUCGGCGUUUUGCGACGUCCUGCUUCUCAGCCGAGACAUACACGACAAGUACCUCCCACGACUAUACUCAAGCAUCCUCCUGGGGGCAGAACGAAGCCGCGAAUUCUGUAUUGCCUUGGCUACCGCCUUGAAGAAACCCUUCGUCCUCUAUAACGAAAUCUACCCUUCUCCAUCAUGGUACGAAGACCAGCGCGUCCUAUACCCUUUCGACGCCCGACCUACUCGCAGAAAGCCUUUUACGCUGGUGCGAAAGCUCACCAUAGAUCAUACGGUCGGCCUCGAAAAGCUCGAGUACCUCCAGCAUAGCGUGAGAGAUCAUGUUGCGGCGAACAAGAAGCUCACGAUGCUCGGGGCGAGUAUCCGUCUCUUCCCUAACCUUCGGUGGCUCGUAUUCCUGCAAGGCGCCUCGGAGAUUCCCCCAGGCCGACCAGAAAAGACGUUUCAACAGCUACUGCGGUAUAAACUCUUCUCUUCCAGCCUGGCGCCUUCCCAUAUCUGCCUCACUACGCCAAACACAGACGAGAGCGAUUGGAUCAUCAGUGCUCUCAGCGUCUGUAUGCUUCAAGGCUCGCACGUGUACGACACCCUCUGUUUACACGGAUAUCGAGGGUACCGGAUGAGGACGAUGGGAGUGAAUCGGAUGGAGAAUCUGAGGAUAUGGAUGGACGAGCCGUGGGAUGAAUCAGAUCGGAGGAGAAUGGCCGAAGAGCAUGCUGAGGAGAUUUUGUCGCUUAUGGCCUGUUUGGUUGAUAGUGCGCAGGAGUCUGACUGGCCCUUACCAUUGCCGCUCAAAACGAUAGAGAUAUACGGCUCUUUUGCAAGUCAGUCGACGGUGGAGAGAAUGAUUCGGGCUUCGUUUUCGUCAGAGCCGGCAUGGCUGAGAAACCUUGAAGUUCAUGGAUAUGGGGAGGUCGAAGCUGUAUGCGAGGGAUGCGGGAUGGGAGCACGGUCAAGAUGGGACGAGCUUCCGACUAAACAGAGGGAGCAGAUUGACAGCUAAUGCGGCAACUGGCUCUGUUCCGUCCAGGCAUGUGUACCAAACACAAGCGGUAGUAUGCAACAAUGGUACGACCAAUCCUAGAGAGACUCUGCCACGGGGACGGGCGGGAUGACUUUCCUUUACUCAGGAUGGACUGGUAGAAGACGGACCCUACAGCUGUCGAUGGGAGUACUCGUGAGCUUGGAAAGAGCAGACAAGCUUAGUAUGUUGGGGACUGAUGAAGACUGUAAGGGGUGAGGGAGGAGAAGAUUAAGCCUUUGUACAGUGAAGAAAAGACCAAGAUCGAGGAUUCAUUCCCCUUUACACAUAUAUACGGUUUUCAGGGUCAAGUGCAAUAUAAGCUUGUUAGUCAAUGACAGUCGAAGACAGUCGGCUACACUGUCUAGCACGUGGGUUGUGCGAUGACAGUGGCUUCUGCUGAACUCUGGGUGAAAGGCUCUACGCUCAGGAGUCCGAAGGCCG